AUGAGUCGGCAAGAAAAUCGAGAUGAGUGGAUACGUCAAAAAUUGAUGGAAUCAGACAGCGAAAAUGAGUUCCUGUUAGAAAGCAGUGAAAAUGAAGAUCAUUUGAGUGUACGCAGUUGCGGUAGUGACACUGAGCAGAACAUAAGCAGUGAAUAUGAUAGCGAAGAUGACGUUCCGAUAUCGAGCUUGCGAAACCAGAAUUAA